UCAAACAAAUUGGUAUUUGUUUGGCUCAUCCCGUGCUUGAAGAAAAAGGACCAUAAACAGAGCAUGUUCUUUUUGAACAGCAAUAGCAACGAGUUCCCAUGAACAACACCAACAGAGGAGAAGAUCAGCGCAAGAGCCAGACAAGUCUGGAUUCAAGGUUCAACCAAACCCUCAAGAAUGUUCAAGGGCUACUUAAAGGGCGCAGUAUUCCUGGUAAAGUGUUGCUGACCAGGAGAUCAGAUCCACCGGAUGACUUGACCGUGCAAGAACAGUCACCCAAAUAUGAAAGGAGCUUCUCAGAAAAUGAUGCUGGCACAAAUGAUAGGAUGGACAAGUCUGGGGAGGUAGAAGUCCACAAUACACGCAACCCAAAUGAACAAUCCACCGGUAAUAAGUUGAGAUCCUCAACUUCCAACAUCGACAAAGCAGCCAAAGAAGUGCAGAAAUCCGCUAUUGGUGCUAGAUCCACAGAUUCUGCAAGAGUUAUGAAAUUCUCGAAGGAGCUCUCUGGGACAACAGUUAUAUUAGAGAGGUUACGUGAGCUUGCUUGGAGUGGUGUACCACCUUAUAUGCGGCCCAUGGUAUGGAGGCUUCUAUUGGGAUAUGCACCACCUAAUUCAGAUAGAAGGGAGGGAGUGCUCAGAAGGAAACGUGUGGAGUAUCUUGAUUGUGUUGCACAGUUUUAUGACAUUCCAGAUACUGAACGCUCGGAUGAUGAGAUCAACAUGCUUCGUCAGAUCGCUGUUGAUUGCCCAAGAACUGUCCCCGAUUUACCUUUCUUUCAGCAAGCCCAGGUUCAGAAAUCUUUGGAGCGCAUUCUUUAUACAUGGGCCAUUCGGCAUCCUGCUAGUGGAUAUGUUCAGGGGAUAAAUGAUCUUGCUACACCCUUUCUGGUUGUUUUCUUGUCAGAAUACUUGGAAGGGGGCAUAGAUGAUUGGUCAAUCUCUGAUCUCUCCCCAGAAAAAAUAUCUAACAUGGAGGCUGAUUGUUAUUGGUGUCUAUCAAAGCUACUUGAUGGGAUGCAAGACCAUUAUACAUUUGCUCAACCAGGAAUACAGAGGCUUGUGUUUAAGCUGAAGGAAUUGGUUAGGCGGAUUGAUGAACCUGUUUCGAGACACAUGGAGGAGCAAGGGCUUGAAUUUCUUCAGUUUGCAUUUCGCUGGUUUAACUGUCUCCUAAUACGCGAGAUUCCUUUUCAUCUUGUUACUCGCCUGUGGGACACGUAUCUUGCCGAAGGGGAUGCAUUGCCAGAUUUCCUUGUGUACAUAUUUGCCAGUUUUCUUUUAACGUGGUCAGACAAGCUUCAGAAGCUUGAUUUCCAAGAGUUGGUGAUGUUUCUCCAGCACCUUCCAACUCAAAACUGGACGCAUCAAGAACUUGAGAUGGUGCUUUCAAGAGCAUUCAUGUGGCAUAGUAUGUUCAAUAGCUCUCCCAGCCACCUCGCUAGCUGAAUGACAAUAGUAACAUUUGCGACAUAUAUUAACCGACCACCUUUAAUUAUAUGAUAUGUUGUUUGGCUACUUGAAGCAACAUACUGACGGUUGUAUGUUGGAGAUGUUGAUUUUUCUUCUCUUGUAAUGUGGCUUGUAUUUUAUUUUAUUUUUUUUUUGUAUUUUCAAGAUAUUUCCUUGUACAUUUAAUGUUAAGCAGAGAAAGAGAGAACCAUUCUUGUAAAACAGUGUGAUUUUCAGGUAUUGAUCUGAGAGAGUGAGUAGCCAAUGUUCUAUAUUGUUGAUA